GAGGGGGCUUUUAUUGUGGUAGAACGAGGCAGAGACAGACAGGGAGAGAGAGAGAGAGAGAGGAAUCUGUGUUUGAACUUGUGUUUUCAGUCUUUGCUGCUGAGAUUCACUUUCACACACACAUACACACACACACACACACACACACACACACAGAGUGAGCGACGGCGGGCGAGCGAGGACGACAUGCUCUGCUUAAAAGGCUGAAACAUCCCAUUCAGCUUCCCAAACACAGCUGUUUUCUCUGCGUUGAUGUUGACUGGAUGGAUCAACGGUGGGCAGCUUUAACGUCCUCUGUAAUGGAGACAACAGCUGCAGGAACAUCUGUGUGUUAAUGUGUGUUAAUGUGUGUAAUAUCACAGUUAUCUCACACAUUUAAAGUCAACAGGCCGUCUGAUUGGUCCGCUGUAAUGUAGGUUACAUGUUUCGGUUCUGUUAGCUGCAGAGCUAUCAGCAGAUUCACUAGUAACCCACAGGGCCUCAUAUAAUUCAGUUAAAGUCUGUUUCAUUGUCUCUUUUUCUCUUAAUUUGCACAAUUAGAGACUUUAUUUAUCCCCAUUAACAUCCUUUAAAAGACUCCAAUGCAUUAAGUUUCAUUAGUUUUAUCAUAUGUUGUUCACAGGAGCAGCAGGACAAACCUUGUCGGCCUGUUCAUGACACCAGAACUUAAACUGAAGAUAGAUGAGUCAGGUGACUGCAGCAUGACUCCCUGCACUCUAAACCAAUCAACCAAUCAGCCAAUCAUUAGAUCAAUAUGACUGAGACUCACACAGGAAGCAAGUACAGUUGUGAUGAUGGAGAGAAUUAGCUCCAGAGACCAAAAAGCUGUAAACACGUGUGUUUGUGCAGUUUAAUACGGAGCCUUAUGGAGACUCACUGCUGGAGCCUCCAGUGGCCGUUAGAGGAACUGCAGUCGGUGCAACAGUGCCGCUCAGUAAAGCUCACACAUAUAAUAAUGUUGUUCUGUGUUCGACCUCGUGUCGUCUGAUUCUGUGCUCCAGAUACAGAAUUACCCAGAGUGACACAGUAAUACAACAUGUGGUGUGUUGAGGUAAAUACCUGUCCCUCACAGGCCAUCUGCAGACCUGGAUAAUCCCUGUUAGCAGAUUAGAGCCGGAGAGAGGAGAGGAAACACAGCAGGCAACGCUUCAGAGGAAGUAUCACCCUUACUGUUGACGUGCUGUUGAACUAGAAUCAUUGUUUUGGGAAAUUUUUGCCUUCGUUGUUCGGUGGAAACAAAGUCUGAUGGUUUUAUUGUGAAGGAAUGAAGUUGCUCGCUGAAAGUUUGGCUGAAAAACCUUCAGCAGUGUCGACGUCUACGGGACAAAUCUGAAGUCUGCUUUACUCAUAUUUUGGACAUUUUUUUGAGAGAGAACUGAAACACUUUUGAGCUUUUGGACAUGCUUUUAUUGUGAAGGCUUUUCUUUGUCAACAGUUUGAGGCGUUUUCAGACGGACAUAAGUUUGUUUUUCUGAAGCAGAAUGUUUGUGAAUCUUUCUGUGGUUUUAUUGUGAAAAAUGUAAUUUAGGGAUUUAUUCAGAAGAUCUCUGGGCUUUUAUUGUGAAGGGUUUAAUAACUGCUGCUCCUUUUAGAGUAAAAAAGUGAAAACUUAGUUUUUUUUAAGGAAAGACCUUUUCUGGAAGGACUGAAUACUGUUUGGACUUUUAUUGUGAAAUUAAAUUGAAACAGGCUUUUAUGAUGAAAGGUUGGAAAUUCUUUGGGGCUUUUAUUGUGAAAAUAUGGUUACAGAGGGGAUAGUUUUUGUCGUUUUCAUCGUCUCUGAUCUGUCCUGAGGGCGCACAUCCAACAUCCAAUCGGGUAUCAGGACGCAAUGAUCUCAUAUGUUGAGUGUCUGAGUGGCGAGGGGGCGGGGCCUGGCGUGGCGUCACGCUGCUGGAACACGAGUCCCGAUGAAGAGCGAGAUGAGCUUCUUCCACGCAAGAUGGCCGCCCUGCAGCCCAAGACAGAGGGCAGCCUGCGUCGGCGCCUUCUCAGCGCCAAAAUCCACCAGCACCACGACGCCAUCUUGGGCCUGAACCGGCCGGGGACGCCAUCAGGUGACAAAAAGCCCCUCCCACCUCACCUGCAGUAUCCGGGCAACAGCCCUUGGUACCGCCGCCAGCACCUUCCGCCGCGACCCCACGUCCACCCCUCUCUUCCCCCAGAGGCUCAUGGGAAACUGUUCCUCGCUCCAGAAGCCUACGGGAAACCGAACCCGCGGGCCCCGGCCCUUCAGCUGCCGCGGUCCGCCUGCCCGGUCCUCACCCAGCGGAGCCGAACCGGUUCCUGCCCCCCCACCCCGGAGCCCCGCCCCGGGUACACCCUGCCCUCUGUCAGCAGCCCGCCCUCCUUCAGGGAGCCGGAGGUGCCGCCGCAGUACCGCUACCGGCCCAGCAAGACUCGCAAGACCAGGUUCUCCUGCUUCAGAAGAGGGCGGAGCUCCGGACUGGAGGCCACACAAACCACGCCCCUUCUACAUAAAGCGGGGGACGCAGACAGUAAGUGGUCCGUUCACUACACUACCCAGAAGCCCCAGCAGGGUCUGCUCUUCAUCCCCGGGAAGAGACGAUCCGGCAGCGCUGAUGAUCUGCAAGCGUAUAACGGGCUGAGUCAGCAUGGCUGCAGCCGACCCAGCACCUCUCGGCCCCGCCCACCGAGCCCGUCCUCCCGCGGGUUCGACCAAUCAGAGGGCAGCACGGCACGCAGACGCUGGAGGGACAAAAGCAGGAAGAUGUCCUCAGCUUUCUCAGAUGAAGAUGAGAGGUUCAUCUUAAACAACACGCGACCUCUGACCCCUCUGGUCCUCAACCCCGUCCCCCCUACCUCCUGCUGGGAUGCCUUCGCCCCGGCCUACGAACCAACAGUGGACGUGGAGAUGGAGCUGACCCCCCGGCUUCCAACCCCGGAGGAGAGGAUGAGGCAGCAGGCUGAGGCCAUUGGAGCUGAUAUAGUCCCUAUUAAUAUCACAGGAGAGAGUUUUGACCGUCAGGCCAGUUUUCGAAGAGUCGUUUCCAACACUGACUCGUUAUCCCGGCGCCCCCGUAACCUGAGCCGCCGCAAGACGGUUACUGGGAUCCCUGAUGACGUCAGCCAGAAACUGAACUUGCCGUUGGUCUCUUUGGUUCUUCCCGGUCAGUUCUCCACUGUCGGUCGACCCGCCUCCUCCUCUGCCCACCACCGGAAGAACACUGAGGAAGAGGUUGAAGAGCAGGAGAAGGGAGAAGUCAAAGAGGAAGCGCCAUCAUCCUCGAGGAGGAUCCGAGCCCCGAGAGGAGAGGGGAUGUCCAGCCUCAUGGCCUCCCUUACCUCCUGCCCGCCGGUCAGCCCCUGUCACGAACGCUCCUCCUCGGAGGUCCACAGCCUCCCCCGUCUGGCAACCAACUCCUCUCUGAACUCCGAGGUCAGCUGCAACAGCGCCUCCUAUGGGACACUCAGUGCCUCCUCGUCUUGUUGCCAGGAUACGCAGGGUUUCCCCAGCGACGUCCAGCCCCUGCUGCCCUUUGACCCCACCGCCAGAGUCAUCCCCCAGUCUCCUUCCUCCUCCUCCUCUUCUAUUCCUUCCUACCCCAUCUCCUCCUCCCACCCAGGCACCCCCAGCCUUACCUUACAGUCAGAGUGCUCUUACCCCAGCGAUAAGCCCCUGAAUAAGGCUGCCCACUAUCACAAUUCUUCUUCCUCCUCCCACUACCUCUCCUCUUCCUCCAUCGCAGACUCAGAGUCUCAGUUUAGCUACCAAGCUCUGGAUGACCAGACUGCCGCCCAGCAGUGCUCCUACAGCGGUGGCUCCUACAGUGGGGAGACGUGGAGCUACCAGUCCCUCUCCCCCAGCUCCAGUGUCCACAGCAGCCAGACUGUGGGCGACUGGAGCAGCCUCACCCAGGAGAUGAGAUGUGUUUCUGGGGAAGGUUGGAACUGUGACCCCCUGCUCUCCUCCGGUCGCUCUACUCCCUCUCACGCCGACAGCAACUCUUUGUGUUCAGAGAUGACCUCCUCUCGCUUCCUAAACCGGGAGAGAAGGAAGCACAGCACCUCCUCCUCCUACUCCCGCAGCAUCUCCCUCCGCAAGUCCAAGCGCCCGCCUCCUCCACCGUUGCGCUCUGACUCUCUGAGGCGCCGUCCGGGUCGCAGCAAACCCCCUCGCUCCUCCUCCAGCCCCCGCUCCUCCUCCAGCCCUCGCCCGGAGCACGCUUCCAAGCGGACUCCCACAUCGUCUCCUCAGACCUUCGAUGACCCCUGGGUGCCCAGGAGCAAUACCAACAGACACCAGAGUGAGCUCAACUGCGGGACAGUCACAACCUUUGAACCUUUGGGUCCGGACGGCCAGGCACCAACCUCCGUUGACUCUCCUCCUUCUGAGCACCUGCCAUCAAGCCCUGGCCACUCCCCUGCUCAUGUCUUCACUCCUGGGUCUCCAGGCUCAGAAGAGGAGGCGCUGAGAUUUACACUCAACCCCCAACCAGCUGCCUCGUCCGUUGCGGGCCUGCAGCGCCUCGCUUCACCCUCCAGCGGCUACUCCAGCCAGUCUAACACCCCAACUCCUGGUACUCCCGUGUCCUCCCCCCUUACCCCCUCCUCCCCUCUCACAGCGAGCCCUGGAGCUUUCUUCCUCCCCCCGACCUCCCCUACCUCCUCUUUACACUCGCCUUCCUUCCCCCUGUCCCCUGCCGUCUCCUCCCUGCCCAGAACGAGGUCUCGAGGUGAAGGGAGGCCUAAACCACCAGUGCCAGAGAGAAAGUCGUCACUCUUCUCCUCCGUCUCUUCUUCAUUUUCCUCCACCUCCUCGCUCUCCUCCUGCACCUCCUCAGACUCCUCUGCCAAGCAUCCCUUUCUCCCUCCUCCACCUCCUCUACCAGAAUGUUCCUCUCCUUUGACUCCUGUGUUUUACUCCCCCGUUCACCAAUCUCCUCCUCUGACUCCUCCCUUUUCUCACCCAUGCCCUCUUCCUUCUUUCAUCAAACUCUCUGCGGCUCCUCCUCCUCCACCUUCAUCUCUUCCUCCUCCCCCUCCCCCCACCUCCUCCAAAUCCUCCUCCUCUCCCACCUUCAUCCCUCCCCACUCCUCCUCCUCUUCCUCCUUGUCCUCGACCUCCUCCUCCCCCCUAUUCCUAUGCUGUCCGACAAACCUCCCAUCAUGCUCUGGUAUCCACCAUGUUAUCAUCAAUCAACUUCCCUCCUCCUCCAACUUCCCCACCUCCUCCUCCAUCUUCUCCUCUUCCUCCACCUUCAGAACUCUCAGACUGCCAAUUGCUGACCUUCCUCCUCCUCCACCACCUCCUCCUCUUCCUCCUCUCCCCACAACCCUCCCCCCACCAGACCUUGGAAAUUCUCCAAACCGCCGUUUUAAAGUGGCCACGCCCCCUCGCCCACUGGUCACUGCUCAAGCUUUGCAAGGCGUCAAGCUUCGCUCCGUCAAGAACCAGGAAGUCCUGGUCACUAGCAUAAUGCUAGCCAGUGUUACAUCAGGGGAUAAUACACUCCAUAGCCAAGCUAACGCUAACCAUGCUAAUACUAUCAAUGAACUACCAGGAAAAGAGGCUCAUGCAGACAGUGCUGUGCUGGCUAAUGCUAAUCUUGAUGACUGGGCCAAAAGUGGGGUUAAGCUAGUCGGAAAUGUCUGUGAUCUAGGUAGCAAUGAAGCUAACAUAACUAGUGCUUUAAUGGCUAAUCCUAGCCUUCAUACCACAGCCAGUGGUGAUGCAAAGCAACCUGGACCAGAAAUAGCAACAGAAAGUGAUGCGAGGACACCCAGCGCUGACUCAGCGUAUGCUAUUCUUCAGAGCCUACGAGGCAUUGUUGCUAGCCCAGCUAACCAGAGACACUCUGGGUCUAAGCUGACCAAUGGUGAAACUCCUCAAGACAUCAGAUACAAUGAGCGAGACAAGGAAGAUUCAGACAUGUACGUUACACUGGAAAACAAUCCAGCCUCCAGUCCUGAUAGUCCCAGGGUCCGAAUGUCUCAUGAUACUGACAUCAACACAAGUAUCCAGUAUCCUUUUUCGCAGCAACAAGAAGUCACAGAUAAAAUGUUAGCAGAUGCUAAGCUAACUGAGCCAGCCAAGAAGCUGAAAAACCCUGAGGAUGCUUGGCACACAGAUUCUUCAUACUUGACCCUUUCUGGAACAAAACAAGAAUCUCAUAGAGAAAGCAGAACAGAAAUAGAAACAGUUGACAAGAAUAAUUCAGAAAUGUUGAAUCACAGUGCAGCAGAUGUAGAUUUUACCGCAUAUAGUGAUUUUAAACAGAGUGACAGGGUCUGUAACUCGGGUAGCCCCACAAAGCUUCGCUCCCCAGAGAAGCCCGUCCUUCCAAAGAAGCCGGAUCUUUGCAUUCUGGGUCUCACGGCGUCCCCUGAGGCCAGACAAGGACCAGUUGGAUGGAAGAGCAACGGACAAAUCCCAGCAAGUUCUCCUGGGUUCAACAACCAAUCACAGCUUCCCGUUGAUUCCUCUUCCUCACCUUCACACACACACCUGACCCACAGUAUCCAGUCGCCAAAGCACUUGAAAUGCACCACUGUUGACAAGUCGACUGCCGACAUCAUCGCGCACUCACCUGCUGGUUCCCCUCACAGGCAGAAGCCACCGAUUCUGCACAAGAAGCCAGAUCGCUCAUUGGCCUCACCUAAAACAACUAAACCACUAUUUGUGUCUAGAAAUACAGGGGAGGCAUCCAAAGGUACCUCUGGGACCUGUGGAACCCUGACUCAGAGCACCACAGGGACCCGUAGCACCUUAGGGACCUUGGGCACCUCUGCAUUCGUGGAUACCACAACAGCUGAAAACACUUUAAAUGGGACUGUGGGUACCUAUGUGAACUGUGGUACUUCAGGAACUUGGGACGCCAUGGAGACCAGUAGCACCUUAGGGACCAUGGGCAUCUAUGGGAACUGUGGUACCUCAGGCAUCAUGGGUAUCUCAGAGACCUGGAGUAUCAUAGGUUCUCCCAGCACUAUCGAUGGGACCAUGAGUACUUUGGAGAACUGUGGUACCUCAGGAACAUUGGGAACCGCAGAGACCUGUAGCACCUUAGGGACCAUGGGCAUCUAUGGAAACUCUGGUCCCUCAGGAAUCAUGGGUAUCUCAGAGUCCCGAAGUAUCAAAGGGACUCUACACUAUGGUACCUCAGCAACAAUUGGAACCUCAGAGACCUUAGGGAACUCAGGGGCCCAUGCCGCUACUUCCACCCAGACAGGCAGCGGUAAACAUGGAACAACGGACCCAACUAGUGCUGGGAUCAUCCAGACAAGACUUUAUAAGGAUGACAGGGAAACAUUUCUUAAGAGGAUGAUGAGGUCAUCGCUGGCUGGAGAUGAAGAGGACGAAAAGGAGAGGGUAGAGGAGAGAGGGAUGAAGAUGACAAUGAUAAUGCCAUCCACCACUAGGAAGAAAGACAAAACAAGAAAGAGGAGGAAGAGGAGGCCAGGCAGACAACUGCUAAUGAUGUCAACAACAAUGGAGCCCUCUCCCUCUUCAUCAUCAUCUUCGUCUUCAUCAUCUUCAUCCUCAUCUGGAGACGAACGAGAUUUGAUGAAAGAGAGAACGAUGCAAACGAGGAUGAUGAAAGUAUGUGAUCAAGACACAAGUGACUCUGAAAGCUCCUGCACUCUGAUUGGUCAGAGCAAGUACUCCCUGAGCAGUGCGCUGUCCACCGACAGCCUGCGCGGGGAGCUGUCUCUCCCAGACCUCCUGAUACAGGAAGAAGAGGAAGAGAGGAGCGUGGUGGCCAGGGAGGCAGCAGACAGGAGAAGGCAGGAGGUGAAAGAGGCCAGAGGACCUCCAGAUGCUGAUGUGUUCGUCAGUGUUUCGGCAGAUCAGAUGUUUAUCUCCGGUCGACCGCGAACCACAGAGGAUCUGUUCGCUGUUAUCCACAGGUCUAAGAGGAAGAUGUUAGGAAGAAGGGGCUCCGAGGACGACAGACAUCGUUCCUCUUCCUCCUCCUCUUCCUCCUCGCCUCCGGUCACCCCCACUGAUCCCCCGUCCGGCCUGACACGACCCACAACCUUCAAAAGUCAAAGAUUGUCGAGGAGCGAAAGCUUUAAGGCUCUCUUGCUGAAGAAGGGUAGUCGCUCCGAUUCGUCCUCUCGAAUCUCUGCUGUCGAGCGGCUUCGCGUAGUUUCUUCUCCUGCGGCUGCUACCGACCUCCAGAGUGCGCUGCCACUGCACACUGCACCCACAACCCACGCCUCGGACACAUGUGACAUUAACGCCCACCUGACUCAGGACGUCCCGGUGUCGCCCACCUCUCCGUGUCCUCAGAAAUUCUCCAUGAUGCUCAGAUGGAGGCGACGGGAUCUGAUGCACAACCACCUCCUCCUCACCUCCUCCUCCUCCUCCUCUUCCCCCUUCUUCUUCCUCUCCUCCCCGCGUCCUCGCUCCCUCACUCCACCCUGCUCUUCCAGCCGGCGCUUUGCCGCUCGCUGCCGCCUCUACGCCGCCCCCAUGACCGCCAUCUUUGAAGUAGAGAGCGAGGAGGAAAAGGAGGAAGAGGAGGAAGACGACGAGGUUUUUCUCGUGUCUCCAGGAGCCGAAGGAGAGUUGAGGCAGAGAUUAGUCGUUUCUUGAUGGACGGGUCAAAGGUUAAAACCCUGGAUUCAACAGGAAGUUGACAGAGGGUCGCUCUGAUUGUAAACCCUGUCCUCAAAUCCAAAGACCAAUAAAAUCCUACCUGAAUGUGACGAUGUCUUGGUCUCCUACAGAUCCUCAUCAGGUUUAAAUCUGGACUGCCUCAGCAAACUGAACUGGAUCGGACUCAACUGGAUUAGACUGCGCUGUAUCGGACCUCCUUGCAGUCUGGGGCAUUUAAUUGAAUGUACUGAAGCACACUCUGAUAAAGGAAAUGUCUUUAGUCACUACACUGAUGAGUCUAAACUACAGAAGCCUGAAAAAGGACUGAAUUAUUCUUUGAAUCUCAAAGAAAACAAUGUUAAUCUCCAGUUAAUGUACUUAAAUUUAUUAUAUUGCUUUUGUAUCUUUUGCUUGAUUUAGCUUUGUCUUUUUUUACUACUUGCCUAGAUACUGAACAUUUUAUUAUUAUACGCGUUAUUUUGUCGUCUCUCUGGUUUAAUGUAGCAAACUCAACUUUUAACCAAAGAUGACAUUAGUUUAAAUCUGAAACUGAUUCGAGAUCUUGACAUAAAAAAAUUGUUUUCUUGAGAUCACAGAGUGAAUGCUACAAUAAAUAAUAAUAAUAAUAAUAAUAAUAAUAAUAAUGUUUAACUCUGACUUUGUUCUUACAGAUAAAGAUAAAAAAACUUUUACAAAACUAAACAAUGACCCUUCUGAAGCCCCGCCCCUUUUUGGUAAGCCUCAGUCAACUUCCACCUUUCCUGUACUUAGAUGUGCUACAUGCUAGGCUUAUCUAUGUUGAAAAGACAACCACAUUUUGAAGAUGGUUAAAAGAUAAAAAACAUUUUUCAACAGAGCAAAACAUUAGCUGGCUAAUCUUCAGUCGUUAGCUAGCUAGUCUAGUUACAUCUGACAGCUAUUGUUAGCUAGCUAGCUAAUUUACGUCAAACGUUAGCUAGUUAGCAAUGGUUUUGCUAAUGUUAGCUUACUUAAGAUGCGGGAAAGGAGAAAGCUAACCGAGGCGUGCUCAACUGCUAUUGGAGCACAGAGCAAAGAGGGGCGGGGCUUAGGAAGGAUGAAUUCUAAUGAUAUCAAAUCAUUGAUUGCUAUCAUUUGAAAUAUUCUGAUAUUUAAUCAGCAUUCUGCUUCUAUUGGCUUUACUUUGAAUUGAGCUGUUUCUGAUUUGGCUCUGUCUGUCUUUUAACACAUUAUUCUUCAAAGUAAUCUGAAUGAAUGUGGAAUAUUUACACAGUAAUAACAAAUAAUUGUGUACAGUCCCUCACAUUAAAUCUCAGUUUAUCCCCAUAAAACAUAUAAAACUGGAUGCAUUUUAUUAUUAUCUCAGCAGCUUCGGUUCUGUUUCACUUUGACUCCACUUGUUUAAAUUAAAGUCUGUUUUUUACUGACAGUAUGAUCAAUAAGGGAUAUGUAGUUUGUCCUGUACUGUAAAUAAUUCAUCUUCUCCUUUCUGCUGCUGCUGGAUCUUUUCAUGGAGUCUCAAAUCUUUUUCUUUUUUUUAUUAAAUACAGUAGCAGAUAGUAAGACGACAUAACUUCUUAUGGUGGAAACUUUAGGAACAUAAUAAUCUUCUUUGUGCGAAUGUAAGAGGUUCAGCUUUACUCUAUUAAUCAUAAAAUAAAAACCAUUUAACUGGAAUUACGAAGGCAGAAUGAAAGAGAUCAAUAAGAGAAAAACUGAAUGAAAAGUGUUUGUAUGUAACAACUGGAAGCAUUUAAAUAAAGGAAACUGAGCAGAUGGAGAAACGAAGCAAUAAAGAACAAAAUAUGAUUA